GCCCACACUUGUAUCUCAGCCCGCAACAAAACUUUCAUUACAGUCUCUCUUGCCUUUUGAUUCUAGUGGGCUUCAAUCUCACAUUUCUCCUAGCCCAUUCAUGAGUCCAAUCACGUCUUCUACCCGUAAUCAAUCUCUCAGCCCACAACUCACUCAUCACUUAGCCCAUACACCUUCCACAACCAAUAUUUCGGACUCCAUGAUCUCUCGUUCAUUACCUAGGGCUUCAACAUCACCUUUAGUCAUCUCCUCUCCAUCCAAUACUUCAUCCGCCGCCAACGAUUCUCUCAUUCCAGAAACAGAGUCCUCCUCCUUACCUCUCAAUCACAACAUGAUUACUCGAACAAAGACUCACUCUCUUCGAACUCGUCAGCGCACGGAUGGGACCAUCCCAUGGCCUCCACCCAAGCCGAUUGCUUCUCUCACUGAGUCAUCCUCUAAUCCUUCAGUUCCAGAGGAACCCACGUCAUUCACAGAAGCCUCUAAACAUCAUGAGUGGCGAUCUGCCAUGGCCACUGAAAUAGAUGCUUUGCUGUGAAACCGAACCUGGCAUCUUGUUCCUCCAUCUACCUCUUACAAUCUGCUUGGCUCAAAAUGGAUUUUGAAAGCCAAACGUCCCGCCAAUGGGACUAUUGAGCGGCGUAAGGCCAAGCUUGUGGCUCAAGGAUUUCACUAACAACAGGGUAUUGAUUACUCUGAGACGUUCAGUCCAGUGGUUAAACCCACUACCAUUAGGCUUCUUCUCUCAAUUGCUGUUUCUUCUCAGUGGGCUCUUCAUCAACUAGACAUACAAAACGCGUUCUUGCAUGGUGAUCUUGAGGAAGCAGUGUACAUGAAACAGCCUCUCGGGUUUGUAAAUACAGACUUUCCUCUUCAUGUUUGUAAGUUAAAUAAGUCUAUCUAUAGUUUGAAACAGGCUCCUAGAGCCUGGUUUGCUAAACUUAGUGAUGGAUUACUUACUCUUGGUUUUCGGUGUUCUAGUGCAGACUCGUCAUUAUUUAUCUUCCGCAUUGGCUCUGAUUGCAUUUAUCUCUUGAUAUAUGUAGAUGAUAUCCUUGUCACUGGGUCGAGUUCUCUACUGAUUUCGCAAUUUAUUGCUAGUCUGAGUAAAUAUUUUCCCGUAAAGGAUCUCGGUUUAUUACAUUAUUUUCUUGGUAUUGAAGUUCAUAGGACAUCCUCGGGUUUAUUCUUGUCUCAGACUAAAUACAUUACUGAUUUACUCAAAAGAACUAAUAUGCACAACUGUAAGGCAGUCUCUACGCCCAUGUCUAGUUCAGAAAAACUCACUGUUUUGGAUGGUUGUACAUAUGAAGAUCCGCAAUGGUAUCGUAGUGUUGUAGGGAGUCUUCAAUAUCUUGCCUUCACUCGUCUUGAUAUUUCUUUUGCUGUAAAUCGUGUCUGUCAAUUUAUGCAUAAUCCUCGUCUUCCACAUUGGUCAGCCGUUAAACGUAUCCUUCGGUAUCUUAAUAAUACGCGACAACUUGGCUUAAGUUUCUCUUCAUCCUCUUCUAUUAAACUAACUGCAUUUUCUGAUGCUGAUUGGGCUGGGUGUCCUGAUGAUAGACGGUCUACUGGAGGUUUCUGUAUUUAUCUUGGCAAUCAUUUAAUUUCAUGGGGCUCUAAAAAGCAACCCACUAUUGCUCGGUCUUCUACCGAAGCCGAGUACAAAUCUGUUGCUAAUACUACUUUUGAGAUUCUUUGGUUGCAGUCACUUUUAAAAGAACUUGGUGUUGGUCUCUCAGACCCUCCCACUCUAUGGUGUGACAACAUCGGGGCCACAUAUCUAUCAAUGAAUCUGGUAUUGCAUUCGAGGACAAAGCAUGUUGAACUGGACUAUCAUUUUAUUCGUGAAAGGGUUGCUGCCAAAGCGUUACAUGUUGCAUUUGUUUCCAGCAAAGAUCAAGUAGCUGAUAUUUUCACCAAACCGCUGUCCACGACUCGCUUCACACUUCUUCGAUCAAGUCUCACACUUGCACAAGUGCCACUUGAAUCGCGAGGGGAUAAUAAGGUAAAUAUAUUAUCUUCGGAAAAGCAUGAACAUUCUAGAGCAUUGGAGAGUGGCUCUGCCGAAUCACAUUGUAACAAAGAGAAUAAAUAGACUUGCUAGGUGUCACAGUAUUAGUGGUCAUUCAAUUCAAUUGUGUUAUACACAUGUUCUAUAAAUAGUUACUACUGUACAGAGCACUGCAUGUGCAAAAACAUUUGGAGAAUACAAAUCUGUUCUACGGAACUUUUUCACAAGCACUUGGUGUGCAUUUUCUUUUCUGUUU